UUUUUUUUUGGCUUCCUACCUACCUUUUUCAUAUUCCAAACGGCAAUGGCAGACAACGACACCACUGAGUUUAGCGCUGAUAACGUUGAUACAAAUAUUACAUUUGCAGACCUUGGAUUGGACGACAGGCUUCUGCGAGGUCUCGCGAAACUCAACUUUACAAAACCUACACCUGUACAGGCAAAGUCUAUCCCGCUUGCUUUGGCUGGCAAAGAUAUUUUAGCCAAAGCAAGGACAGGAAGCGGAAAAACAGCUGCCUUUAUGCUGCCGCUUAUUCAUAAGAUUUUAGCUGCCAAAGAUGCCUUACCCACCAACUCCCCUGAAACUACUGCAACUCGAGGACUGGUCCUUGUGCCUACUGUUGAAUUAGCAGGACAAGUCACAGCCUUUACCAACAACAUUCUCCUCUUCUGUGGCCGUGCUGUGAAUGUGCUCAACAUUGCUGGAAAACAGAAUGACAAAGUUCAACAGCCUCUAUUGGCGACACAGCCCGAUAUUAUUGUUGCAACACCCUCCAGGAUCCUUGCACAAUUAAAGAUAAAUGCUGUGGAUCUGAAAACACAUUUCCAAACAUUAGUCAUUGACGAGGCAGAUCUAGUCUGCAAUUACGAUUAUCAGGAGGAUGUCAAGGAACUAUUGACGUUCCUUCCAAAGAUUUAUCAGAGUUUUCUUAUGUCAGCUACAUUGGGAGAUGAUGUCGAUUCACUCAAACAAUUGGUUCUACGUUCACCAGCAGUCUUGAAGAUGGAGGACAAAACAAUGGAUUCAUCCUGGGACAAUUUGAAACAACUCUACACGGUCUGCACAGAGACAGACAAAUACUUGAUUCUAUAUGUAUUGUUGAAGCUCAAGUUACUGAAGGGCAAAUGCAUCAUCUUUGUGAAUGACAUUGAACGUUGCUACCGCCUGAAAUUGUUCUUGGAGCAGUUCUCGAUCCCCAGUGUAGUUUUGAACUCGGAACUUCCUUUGAACUCGCGUGUACAUAUCGUGGAAGAAUUCAACAAAGGAAAAUAUGAUUACAUGAUUGCCACGGAUGAGAGUGGACUCAAGGGCGAGAAGGAGGAAGGCGAGAAGGAGGAAGACGAGUCUAUUAAGGUAAUUAAGGAAGGAGAAGAGGAGGAUGGGGAUGAGCAAGAUGAAGGCGAAGACGAUAAAGAGGAGGAGGGAGAAGAAGAUAAUAUUCCAGAAGGUGAGAUUGAGAUGGAAUUAGAUGGACUAGACGGCGAGGAUCUUGAUGGAAGUGAGGAUGAGAUGGAGGUUAUGAUGAGAGCAAGUGAUAAUGAUGAGGAUGAGGAUGAAGCGACUGCGCUUGAAGAAAUGGGUGAAAAGUCAACCACUAGCUCUAAGAAGCGGAAACAACCUGAAGAAGAUGCAAAGUCUGAGUCAACUACAAAUGCUACUGGAUCAACAAAAUCCAAAAAGAAGCUGGGACCCAAGAAGGAUCAGGAAUAUGGUGUCUCGCGCGGUAUUGACUUUGUGAAUGUCGCUGCAGUCGUCAACUUUGAUUUCCCACCAACAGCAAAAUCAUAUACACAUCGUGUGGGACGUACGGCCCGUGGUGGUCAAAUGGGUACUAGCUUGAGCUUUGUAGUCACAGCAGAGCAAAAGGAAAAGGCCCUCAAGGCUAGUCAAAUUGCUGGAGGUGGAGGUUGGGCUCAUUUGCAAGGCAAUGACGAGGCUGUCUUCAAUCGGGUUAUGAAGCAACAAACUGCUGCAGGAUGCAUAAUCAAUCCUUAUACCAUUCCUAUGCAACAGCUUGCAGGCUUUAGGUAUCGUAUGGAUGAUGCCAUGCGCGCUAUCACUAAGAGUUCGAUUCGUGAAGCCCGCUUGAAGGAACUCAAGGCAGAGAUGCUUAAUUCUGAGAAACUUCGAGCUCAUUUUGAAGACAAGCCCAAGGACUUAGAGUUUUUGCGUCAUGACAAGACACUACACCCAACACGGGUACAGCCCCAUAUGAAGCAUGUCCCCGAAUAUAUGAUGCCCAGGGUACAGGCAGUGUCUACAGAAAAGGUUGGAGAGACUUCUCUGGGUCUGGGACCAGUGACAUACAAGAAGAAGCCUCAAAACUCUGUAAGGAAAGCUCGGCAGAACAAGGGCAAGGGUGCUCAUGGAGGUGGUAAAAAGAACGACCCACUCAAGAAGUUCAGUUUUGGAGGUGGAAACAAGAAUGGAAAGAGACAAAAGACUGCAUAGAGAAAACCAAG